AUGGGGCCGCACCGGGCGCUGCUGCUGCUGCUCCUGGUGCCGCUGCUGCCGCUGCGUGAGUCCGAGGCCGCGGCUCCCCCCUGCUCCCGAGGCCGCCCCGUCGCGGCUGAUGCUGUGUCCGGGUCAGCGUUGCUAAUUCUUCCUUUCUCUGCUCUCCUGCACACCAAGGAUGCAGUGUCCUACAUCCUCAGUAUAGAGGGGAGGCCGUACACCAUCCGCCUGCAGCCGCAUGUCUUUUUAUCUGAGGACUUCAAGAUCUACGUGUCGAACGAGGUGGGAUCUGCGCGCUCUGAUUCCAUCCGUUUCAAGGGAAGCUGCUACUACCGGGGCUACAUCGACGGCUUCCCCAGCUCAUCAGUGACUCUCAGCACGUGCUCGGGGCUCAGGGGCUUGCUGCAGUUUGAGAACAUCACCUACGGCAUCGAGCCCCUGGGUUAUUCUCCUGCGUUCGAGCACUUUGUGUACCGCGUGAGGGACGGGAAGGCAGCAGGUCCCCUCUUGGCCAGCAGCCGCGCCGAGGCAGGUGGCAUUGGAGACUCUUUUCUUUUUCAGCCACUCUCGGCUGCAGCACAAUCUCCCAAAUACUUGCAAGUGUACGUAGUUUUGGACAAGGCUUUGUAUGACUACAUGGGUUCGGACACAAAGGCAGCGACGCAAAAGAUAAUCCAGGUCUUCAAUUUGGUCAACAAUAUGUUUAAUCCUCUCAAUGUCACCGUCGUGCUGUCCUCCCUGGAGCUGUGGACAGACAAGAAUAAAGUGUCGACAGCGGGGGAAGCAGAGGACCUUCUGCAGCGGUUUUUGCAGUGGGCAAAGUCCCACCUCGCUCUGCAGCCGUACGACACCGCGUACCUCUUGGUGUACAGGCACCAAGCAGCGUUUGUGGGCACAACAGCUCCAGGAAAGGUGUGUCAGAGAGAUGCUGCAGGCGUCGCGGCCGUGUCCCAGGAGGCCACAACGCUGGAGUCCUUCUCUGCCCUCCUGGCACAGCUUCUGGGGCGCAGCCUGGGCAUCGGCUACGAUGAGUCCCCGCAGUGCCACUGCCCCAGGCACGUCUGCAUCAUGAGCCCCGAGGCGCUGCAUUUCAGCGGGGUAAAAGCCUUCAGCAGCUGCAGCAUCAGGGACUUUGAGGCCUUCCUGAGGCACGGUGGAGGCAUGUGCCUGUUCAGCAGACCCCGCUUGACCGGGCUGUCCUCCCGGAGAGCGGCCGUCUGCGGCAAUGGCAUCGUGGAGCCCGGCGAGCAGUGCGACUGCGGGGCGGCCAAGGCCUGCUCGAAGGACAAAUGCUGUACUACAGGAUGUCAGUUCAAGCCGGGAGUGAAAUGUUCCUCUGGAUUAUGUUGUAAUGACUGCCAGUUCAAGCGGAAGCACUCGCAGUGCCGCCCCGCCGCCGAUGAGCAGUGUGACCUGGCCGAGUUCUGCACGGGGGCCUCGGCCUCCUGCCCCCCCGACCUGUACGUGCAGGACGGGCACGGCUGCGAGCACGGCACCGGCUACUGCUACAAGGGACGCUGCCAGUCCCCGGACCUGCAGUGCCAGCAGCUCUAUGGGAAAGGUUCAAAAAAUGCUCCUGUGGCUUGUUACGAGGAACUCAACAGUCAGCGGGACAGGUUUGGCCACUGCGGGUUGCAGCCCAGACAAGGCUAUAAGUCCUGUUCUUGGAGGAAUCUGAGGUGUGGGAAGCUUGUCUGCACGUACCCGUACAGGACUCCCUUCCCCACGGAUGCGGCUGCUGUUGCUUACGUCUAUGUGCACGGGCAAUUGUGCGUGUCUCUGAAUUAUCUGUACACAGGAGCGAGGCUGGAUCCUAUUCUGGUUCCGCCAGGAACAAAGUGUGGUACUGGAAAGGUGUGUAUAAACAACACUUGUCACCCACAUUCGGUCCUGGGCUACGACUGCAAUAGCAAAGUGAAGUGCCAUGGCCACGGCGUGUGCAAUAAUAAGAAGCAGUGCCACUGCCACCCUGGCUGGAAGCCCCCCGACUGCCUGAAGAGGGGAUCCCGCCUGGGGGGAAGCAUCGACAGUGGCCUCCAGCUGUCUGAUGGUGGCCUGUCCAUGGCACGAGUGAUGGAGGAUGUGACGACAGCCUGGCCGGUGCUGGGCUCCUGCCUUCUCCUGCUCCUCCUGGCCGGGGCCAUCUGCCUUGUGAUCCGGUGGUGGGCGAUGGGCUUGUGUGGACCACGGCCCCCGAGCACGGAUAGCGCCGUCACCGGGGACAGCACCGACGUGUCGGAUUGGAACUCGGUGAUGGGUCUGGAGCUGGACACGGACAAGGAGCAGAGCGCGGGGUCCCCCCGCAGUCGUUAAUAAAGGCGU